AUCCAAAUGCAACAGAGCACUGCAAAUAUUAUGUCCUUUUUAUUACCCCCAAGAUCAGUUGUUGGUUCCAUGGACAUAUAUUAAGUUCAUUGCUUGAUAAAGCUGUAGAAACAGCACAUUUGGCAUCAUUGUCAGAAUUUUUCCAGAAAUCGAUGACCUUAUAUUCUGGUUGGAUCUGAAAUAAUUCUUCUUAAGCUAAGAACGACCAUAUUCCACACCGUUUGUCGAUAUUUCAAAACCAGAAAAAAAAACAGAUUGGCGCCUCAUCGAAAGCUUUAUUUCUUAUCAAAAUCAAUGCAGUAAAAUGAAGGAUGCAUCUUACAACUACUUAUUCAUGUUACUUGCUUCGAUUUUAAUAUCACAUUCCUGUUUGGCAAAGUAUCAUGGAACACUAACAGAAGAUGAGCUUCGAUCAUACUCAAAGAAGGAUCAAAUAAAGGAAUAUGACGUCAUCCUACCAAAGAUCCACGAUCCAUCCAAAAUGUCAAAGCGGAGCACGGAUUCGUUCAAUCCCGACGCGGAGCGACAUACCGUGACCUUUCGGGCGUUUGACGAGGACCAUCACGUGGUUUUGAAAAGGAAUCAAUGGUUGAUCCCUCCCGGGUUAGAGGUGGAGUAUCUGCAACCGGAUGGAUCCACGCGGAAAGAACCGGUUCAAUCCAGUCGCUGUCAUUUCUUCGCGACCUCCAUCUCACAUGAGGGAUCAGAAGGAGCAUUGAGCACUUGUAGUGGAUUGAGGGGAGUUUUAUCGUUAGAUGAUGACAUGCUGUUUAUAGAACCUUUGAAAGAGGAACAUGCCAUGAGGAUCAGGAGGGGCACUGAUGCUGCGAUCCACCCUCAUCUAAUAUACAAACGACAAGCUACGGACGAAAAAGAAGCUUUUUGCCCAGGAGCAGUCUUACCAGUUACAGAUAACGGUGGGAUUGCAGGAAAUAUGACCCUCUCGGACGCCACCGUUUACGAUGGUCCGUAUCUUGGUCGUAAAAUCAUUGAGGUCUUUUACGUUGUGGACAAAUUUGUCUACGAUGAACAUUUGACAGGGACAGAGAGCUAUGCUACCACUAUUCUCAACAUUAUGAGCAGACGAUUUGCAGAUCCUAGUUUGGAUAUCGACGUCCGAUUCUCAGUGGUUCGACUUCUUAUCUCUAUGACAACAACAAUAACAGCAACAAGUCCUUCUGGUAAUGUCGAGAGUAUAACACCCACUGAAGUUGCAGAUACUACCUUUCCAGAGUUCUGCACCUGGCAAGCUGCUUUAAGUUUAAAUAAUGACACGGAUCCAAACGACUGGGACUUAGCCUUACUCUUUACUGGUCACGAUAUCUACCGUGAUAACAUGGAGUACAUUCUGCAAGGUCGGGCAAGGCUAGGUGGAACUUGUGACGUCGAUAAUAAGUGUUCAGUCACCGAGAAUACUGGAUUGUCAGCUGGUCUUACCAUGGCUCAUGAAACAGGACAUUCUCUUGGAGUGCAACACGAUGUCCUGUAUGGAUGUGAAGAAGGUGUAAACAUCAUGGCUACCGCCUCAGCUUUGAGCUCUGGAGCAAUGGAGUGGUCAUCCUGCAGUUCCGAACAUAUGAAGAUGUUUAUCAGCUCUCGUAGAUGUAUGGAUGACGUACCUGUUCAUUCUUUGGCUGACAUUUUUGAUAUCCCGAGUCAAGAUCUCAAUGAACAGUGUCGGCAGGUUAUGGAAGACCCAGAUGCAGAGAGUUGCAUAACAAUUACGAACUGCACACGUUUGUAUUGCACUCUUCCUGGAAGUUCAUCCUGCAGGUCUAAUUCAGUUCCAGCAGAAGGAAGUCCAUGUGGUGAUCUUAGUGGUAAUAUGAGGUGCAUAAAUACAAAAUGCGUGAGUGCAUCAAUUGCGCUUCCGGCGGCAGUGGAUGGUGGAUGGACAGAGUUCGGUGCCGAGUUUUCCACAUGCUCUCGUUCUUGCGGGACAGGGGUUCAAUACCGCAGCAGAGCCUGUACGAAUCCCAGGCCACAGUGGGGCGGUGCACCAUGUGAGGGGCAAAGCCAUAUCUACAAGAUUUGCAACGAACAGCCCUGCAUGACAUCACAAGACGAUUACCGAAAUGAGCAGUGUGCCUCAACAAAUUCAAUUCCAUUUGGUGGUGUGACCUACGAGUGGACAGAUUAUCAACAUUCAACUUUUUUAGGAGAUGAGGUCUGCGAGAAGAGUUGUCUGACAACAGGGACGAAUGGACUUUUUCGCAGCGACAGACCGGGAAACUUCCACGACGGGACCCUGUGCUGGCAGGAAUUACCCAGUGAUGUCGCUAAAUCAUUCGAGUUUACCAAGUCAAUUUGUCUCAAUGGAAAGUGCCAGCAGAAUUUCGGAUGCGAUGGCGUUCUAGAUUCUGGCCUUGUUUACGAUGACUGCCAUGUUUGCGAUGGAGACGGCUCAUCUUGCAACUGCACGAGUCUUGAGUUGACUUCUUGGUCAUCAACAGGAGAAUCUGUGAUUGCCACUAUUCCUAUUGGGGCAACUAGCAUUACAGGUGAUAGUUAUGGAGAUGACCAUUUCUUAGGACUGAGGGUUAAUGGAGAUUUUAUAUUUGGAAUCGACACCACCGGGCCUACACUUACAUCAGGCGGUGACUACGAAAUUGGCAAUAUGCUGGUCAAUUACGAUCGAACGUUUCAGGUUGAGACCCACAUACGAUCGCUGUCUGAUCCUUCUACGGAAACGCUCGAUAUCUUACUUUGGACAUCGAGAACAACUGGCUUAAAUGUCAUAUUAAAUUACUGUUUGCCCAUGUUUGACCCCUGCGAUUCAUCACCCUGUCAAAAUGGAGGAAUAUGCUCUCCUGUUGAUGGUCAAUACUCAUGCCAAUGUCCAAACACUCAUAAUGGACCAAACUGUGAAACAGUGUUUGACCCCUGCGAUUCAUCACCCUGUCAGAAUGGAGGAAUAUGCUCUCCUGCUGAUGGUCAAUACUCAUGCCAAUGUCCAAACACUCAUAUCGGACCAAACUGUGAAACAGUGUUUGACCCCUGCGAUUCAUCACCCUGUCAGAAUGGAGGAAUAUGCUCUCCUGUUGAUGGUCAAUACUCAUGCCAAUGUCCAAACACUCAUAUCGGACCAAACUGUGAAACAGUGUUUGACCCCUGCGAUUCAUCACCCUGUCAGAAUGGAGGAAUAUGCUCUCCUGCUGAUGGUCAAUACUCAUGCCAAUGUCCAAACACUCAUAUCGGACCAAACUGUGAAACAGUGUUUGACCCCUGCGAUUCAUCACCCUGUCAGAAUGGAGGAAUAUGCUCUCCUGUUGAUGGUCAAUACUCAUGCCAAUGUCCAAACACUCAUAUCGGACCAAACUGUGAAACAGUGUUUGACCCCUGCGAUUCAUCACCCUGUCAGAAUGGAGGAAUAUGCUCUCCUGCUGAUGGUCAAUACUCAUGCCAAUGUCCAAACACUCAUAUCGGACCAAACUGUGAAACAGUGUUUGACCCCUGCGAUUCAUCACCCUGUCAGAAUGGAGGAAUAUGCUCUCCUGUUGAUGGUCAAUACUCAUGCCAAUGUCCAAACACUCAUAUCGGACCAAACUGUGAAACAGUGUUUGACCCCUGCGAUUCAUCACCCUGUCAGAAUGGAGGAAUAUGCUCUCCUGCUGAUGGUCAAUACUCAUGCCAAUGUCCAAACACUCAUAUCGGACCAAACUGUGAAACAGUGUUUGACCCCUGCGAUUCAUCACCCUGUCAGAAUGGAGGAAUAUGCUCUCCUGUUGAUGGUCAAUACUCAUGCCAAUGUCCAAACACUCAUAUCGGACCAAACUGUGAAACAGUGUUUGACCCCUGCGAUUCAUCACCCUGUCAGAAUGGAGGAAUAUGCUCACCUGCUGAUGGUCAAUACUCAUGCCAAUGUCCAAACACUCAUAUCGGACCAAACUGUGAAACAGUGUUUGACCCCUGCGAUUCAUCACCCUGUCAGAAUGGAGGAAUAUGCUCACCUGCUGAUGGUCAAUACUCAUGCCAAUGUCCAAACACUCAUAUCGGACCAAACUGUGAAACAGUGUUUGACCCCUGCGAUUCAUCACCCUGUCAGAAUGGAGGAAUAUGCUCUCUUGUUGAUGGUCAAUACUCAUGCCAAUGUCCAAACACUCAUAUUGGACCAAACUGUGAAACAGUGUUUGACCCCUGCGAUUCAUCACCCUGUCAGAAUGGAGGAAUAUGCUCUCCUGUUGAUGGUCAAUACUCAUGCCAAUGUCCAAACACUCAUAUCGGACCAAACUGUGAAACAGUGUUUGACCCCUGCGAUUCAUCACCCUGUCAGAAUGGAGGAAUAUGCUCUCCUGUUGAUGGUCAAUACUCAUGCCAAUGUCCAAACACUCAUAUUGGACCAAACUGUGAAACAGUGUUUGACCCCUGCGAUUCAUCACCCUGUCAGAAUGGAGGAAUAUGCUCUCCUGUUGAUGGUCAUUAUUCAUGCCAAUGUCCAAACACUCAUAUUGGACCAAACUGUGGAACAGUGUUUGACCCUUGCGAUUCAUCACCCUGUCAGAAUGGAGGAAUAUGCUCUCCUGCUGAUGGUCAAUACUCAUGCCAGUGUCCUAACACCCAUACUGGAACAAACUGUGAUGAAACAGUGUUUGACCCCUGCGAUUCAUCACCCUGUCAGAAUGGAGGAAUAUGCUCUCCUGCUGAUGGUCAAUACUCAUGCCAAUGUCCAAACACCCAUACUGGAACAAACUGUGAUGAAACAGUGUUUGACCCCUGCGAUUCAUCACCCUGUCAGAAUGGAGGAAUAUGCUCUCCUGCUGAUGGUCAAUACUCAUGCCAAUGUCCAAACACCCAUACUGGAACAAACUGUGAUGAAACAGUGUUUGACCCCUGCGAUUCAUCACCCUGUCAGAAUGGAGGGAUAUGCUCUCCUGUUGAUGGUCAAUACUCAUGCCAAUGUCCAAACACUCAUAUUGGACCUAACUGUGAAACAGUGUUUGACCCCUGCGAUUCAUCACCCUGUCUGAAUGGAGGAGUAUGCUCUCCUGCUAAUGGUCAAUACUCAUGCCAAUGUCCAAACACCCAUACUGGAACAAACUGUGAUGAAACAGUGUUUGACCCCUGCGAUUCAUCACCCUGUCAGAAUGGAGGAAUAUGCUCUCCUGCUGAUGGUCAAUACUCAUGCCAAUGUCCAAACACCCAUACUGGAACAAACUGUGAUGAAACAGUGUUUGACCCCUGCGAUUCAUCACCCUGUCAGAAUGGAGGAAUAUGCUCUCCUGCUGAUGGUCAAUACUCAUGCCAAUGUCCAAACACCCAUACUGGAACAAACUGUGAUGAAACAGUGUUUGACCCCUGCGAUUCAUCACCCUGUCAGAAUGGAGGAAUAUGCUCUCCUGCUGAUGGUCAAUACUCAUGCCAAUGUCCAAACACCCAUACUGGAACAAACUGUGAUGAAACAGUGUUUGACCCCUGCGAUUCAUCACCCUGUCAGAAUGGAGGAAUAUGCUCUCCUGCUGAUGGUCAAUACUCAUGCCAAUGUCCAAACACCCAUACUGGAACAAUCUGUGAUGAAACAGUGUUUGACCCCUGCGAUUCAUCACCCUGUCAGAAUGGAGGAAUAUGCUCUCCUGCUGAUGGUCAAUACUCAUGCCAAUGUCCAAACACCCAUACUGGAACAAACUGUGAUGAAACAGUGUUUGACCCCUGCGAUUCAUCACCCUGUCAGAAUGGAGGAAUAUGCUCUCCUGCUGAUGGUCAAUACUCAUGCCAAUGUCCAAACACCCAUACUGGAACAAACUGUGAUGAAACAGUGUUUGACCCCUGCGAUUCAUCACCCUGUCAGAAUGGAGGAAUAUGCUCUCCUGCUGAUGGUCAAUACUCAUGCCAAUGUCCAAACACCCAUACUGGAACAAUCUGUGAUGAAACAGUGUUUGACCCCUGCGAUUCAUCACCCUGUCAGAAUGGAGGAAUAUGCUCUCCUGCUGAUGGUCAAUACUCAUGCCAAUGUCCAAACACCCAUACUGGAACAAACUGUGAUGAAACAGUGUUUGACCCCUGCGAUUCAUCACCCUGUCAGAAUGGAGGAAUAUGCUCUCCUGCUGAUGGUCAAUACUCAUGCCAAUGUCCAAACACCCAUACUGGAACAAACUGUGAUGAAACAGUGUUUGACCCCUGCGAUUCAUCACCCUGUCAGAAUGGAGGAAUAUGCUCUCCUGCUGAUGGUCAAUACUCAUGCCAAUGUCCAAACACCCAUACUGGAACAAACUGUGAUGAAACAGUGUUUGACCCCUGCGAUUCAUCACCCUGUCAGAAUGGAGGAAUAUGCUCUCCUGCUGAUGGUCAAUACUCAUGCCAAUGUCCAAACACCCAUACUGGAACAAACUGUGAUGAAACAGUGUUUGACCCCUGCGAUUCAUUACCCUGUCAGAAUGGAGGAAUAUGCUCUCCUGCUGAUGGUCAAUACUCGUGCCAAUGUCCAGACACUCAUAUUGGAACAAACUGUGGUGAAACAGUGUUUGACCCUUGCGAUUCAUCACCCUGUCAGAAUGGAGGAAUAUGCUCUCCUGCUGAUGGUCAAUACUCAUGCCAAUGUCCAAACACUCAUAUUGGAACAAACUGUGAAACAGUAUCUACACAUUUCCCAGAGAUUGACCCAUGCGAUGCCAAACCUUGUGGGAAUGGAGGAACAUGCUCCUCCAGUAACUCUGUUUACUUAUGUCAGUGCCCGAGUUCUCACGAGGGAACAAAUUGUGAGAUCGCUAAGUCUGCAUGUAGCACAACUGAAUGCGGUAGGGAAGAAGUUUGCAACCCUGAUGCGGGCGUGUGUGUAUGCAGAAGCAAUCUUGUUAGAACCUCAAACGGGCAAUGUAGGAGACCUUAUACCUUCUCGAUCUUUAUUGCCAUCGUGGCCUUGGACGAUAUCACAUCGUUUGAGGAUAUUGUCAAUAACCCCGACACCCCAUACGCAUUGGCCAUCAGACAACGAAUUAUUCUAAUGCUGUAUAGCAUUUUCCGGCCAAGGUAUGGAAACCGCUUCUACGGCAUCAGGUUCAAUUCAUGGCGACUUGGAAGUCUUGAAGUUGAUGUAGAAAGCAUGUUUGAGGAUGAUCCUGAGUCUGAACAGACUCUGACACGGACGGAAGUAGCUGAGGUCCUUACAGCUGAUCUUCAAGAUAGUAAUACAACAUAUGGAAUCUUAGUGGAUCCAGAGAGAACAAUCAUUUCCGACAUUGACGAGUGUUCUAACAUCACACUGAAUGACUGUAGCGCGAAUGCAGAGUGUACCAACCUGGAAGGCAGCUAUAACUGUACCUGUCUUUCCGGAUACACUGAUACCAGCCCUAACGGGUCGGAUCCAGGAACGCAGUGUAAAGCGAAUGGUCUAAGUGAAGGGGUCAUUGUCGGUCUGGCUGUCGGGGGUGUCGUCAUCGUCUUGGUGGUCGUCGUCCUGAGCUUAUGUACACUCGCAGCGAGGCGUCAGAUGAUGAAUCACCGCAGAAUGGCGGCAACGUCGCCCAUCAGCAAACUGGGCAUGAUGCGAGAGGCGGGACCGGCUGUCAUUCCUUGGCAAGACAGUCAUUACAAAGGGGGCAAACACAGAUCUGAUAUGGAGAUGGGCUCCGUGGGGAGAACAGACGAUAAUGAAGGACCUUACUACUCGGGAGUAUAUGAUAAUCGCGGAUUUAAUCGAGUCUACAUGGCGACAGGAAAGAGUGGCUCGACACGUGGGCAAUACUACCAUGACUAGUGAAUGCAUGAAGACAGAGAGUAGAUUGCAUCAUACCAAACAGACACCAUGAAUAUUCAAAUUAAUUUAUUCCAUACCUCAUGAAAAAAUAGAUUUAAUCCAAUUUGAUCAACUAUACUGCUCCAGUUUGACAAUUAGUGCCAGACGCGACAUGGGGAAGGUAGGCUUUCUUCCUACUUUCUUGGUUUUUACGCCUUCUCCGUAUUCAUAAUUUACAUACUUUUGCAUCCUUUGUUUGUUCAUGAUAUUAUUGAUUUGUACAUUCUGUAUGAAAAUGGAUGAAAUGUCAAUCGGAAGAGAAUAGAUGUUUAGUUGAAAUGAAUUGAAUGUAUUUUUAUUUGGCUUUCAGGGUAGAACAAAAAUAUGUUCAUUAUUGUAAUUUGUAUUCGUUUACAUUUUGUAUACGGAAAAUAAAUGGAUCUAAAUCCUAAAAUCUAAAUCAUGCUUUGUUGGUGCCAACAGAAUUUCCACUUGAUAUUCCAAAUGGUUAGACAAAUCCCGAGCUUUCUUUACCACAUGUUACCACUGUGCCUGAUCAUGUUAAUUGCACGGAGAACGAUUAUUCAUAUUCUUUAAAAUAUGUUCUGUAACAUUAUUGUAGGAAGAAUGUAAUAAUUGAUCAGUUAAUUGCUAGGGAUUUGUCUUCAAAUACGCAUGCGCAUACAAUCGAAAUAUUGUAUUCUCUUUCGUGUAAAAUAUUGACAGAAUUCUUGUGUGUAGUCCUAUGGAUUUUUGCCUUACUGCGUGUCCCGCCUCCGAACUGGUUGUUAAUUUUUGACGGGUUUUUUCACGAAUCACGCUGUUAUUUUUAUUCAUUAAAUCAAUAAUAGAUAUCUCUUUUUCAUGAACUCAAUCUUAACCAUGUUUUUAUUUAUUAUCCUGAUGAUGCAUGUAUAUCGUUUUGAAUUAGGCAAUGUUUUCAUUUGAUUAAAUCAGAUACAAAA